UCCUCACACACGAUGCGUUUCUCCCUUGCAAUCAUCCUCGCCGUCGCAGCAUCAUCAAUCUCCGCUACGCCCAUUGACGCGAACACCGCAAAAUGUCCCUUCUUUUGCGAUAGUGAACUAGAUUGCCAGGUCUGCCCUGCAUGGCAGGAAUAUUUUUUCUGCAUAGUGAAUUGUGUUUCUGCUUUUACAUUGGCCGUUGGAACUAUUAUCAGUCUACGACGCAGUGUCAGUGACUGUGUAGGCAAGCGCAGAAUUAUAGAUGUGGCUGUAGAUUAUAGAUGGACUUGUAGAAUCUUAUAGAUGGGCCCGGGCCUAACUUUGACUUUGACUCAUCUCAACGAUAAUACUGCAUCCAUCUCUUCCAAGACAUCUCCUUGGAAGGAGGAGAGGGUGUUGGUCGGACAUGGAAGCGAGCGCAGG